AGGCCUCCGGUUCCCGCAGCCUGCAGAAGUUGGAAGCUCAGCUGCGAGCGCUCACUCCUGCGCCCGCCUGCAAGGCGAGCCUGCGCCCGGAGAGCACAGCCCCGGGACGGCCCGGCCGAGGAGCUCCGGCUUUUGUCAUGAUGGCCAGCUACCCCGAGCCCGAGGACGCCACGGGGGCCCUGCUGGCCCCGGAGAACGGGCGCACAGUCAAAGAGCCUGAGGCGCCACCGCCGAGUCCGGGUAAAGGCGGCGGGACAGCACCCGAGAAGCCGGACCCCGCGCAGAAGCCCCCGUACUCUUACGUGGCUCUCAUCGCCAUGGCGAUCCGCGAAAGCGCCGAGAAGAGGCUCACCCUGUCGGGCAUCUACCAGUACAUCAUCGCCAAGUUCCCGUUCUACGAGAAGAACAAGAAGGGUUGGCAGAAUAGCAUCCGCCACAACCUCAGCCUCAACGAGUGCUUCAUCAAGGUGCCGCGCGAGGGCGGCGGCGAGCGCAAGGGCAACUACUGGACGCUCGACCCGGCUUGCGAGGACAUGUUCGAGAAGGGCAACUACCGGCGCCGCCGCCGUAUGAAGAGGCCCUUCCGGCCGCCGCCAGCGCACUUCCAGCCGGGAAAGGGGCUCUUCGGGUCCGGAGGAGCGGCGGGUGGCUGCGGCGUAGCGGGAGCGGGGGCGGAUGGCUAUGGCUACCUGGCGCCGCCCAAGUACCUGCAAUCGGGUUUUCUCAACAACUCUUGGCCCCUGCCGCAGCCGCCCUCGCCCAUGCCCUAUGCCUCCUGCCAGAUGGCUGCGGCCGCUGCAGCAGCUGCGGCAGCCGCUGCAGCAGCCGGCCCGGGCAGCCCCGGUGCAGCCGCGGUGGUCAAGGGGCUGGCUGGCCCCGCCGCUUCCUACGGGCCGUACUCGCGUGUGCAGAGCAUGGCGCUGCCGCCCAGCGUCGUGAACUCCUACAACGGUCUGGGAGGCCCUCCCGCUGCGCCCCCACCGCCGCCACCGCACCCCCACCCGCACCCUCACGCACACCAUCUGCACGCCGCCUCCGCACCCCCGCCAGCUCCGCCACACCACGGGGCUGCCGCGCCACCCCCGGGUCAGCUCAGCCCCGCCAGUCCGGCCACCGCUGCACCCCCGGCCCCCGCGCCCACCAGCGCGCCGGGCCUGCAGUUCGCCUGCGCCCGGCAACCCGAGCUCGCCAUGAUGCAUUGCUCUUACUGGGACCACGACAGCAAGACGGGAGCGCUGCACUCGCGCCUGGAUCUCUGAGUGGCACCGUGUGCGGGAGCGGCCCCGGAGUGGAGGAGCCGAGCUCGGGUCGUAGCCGCAGCAGCCAUCCGGACAGCACACACUCCGGGACAGCCUUUUGAGCCAGAGCCCUAGAGCCUUCUGCGCGUCCUCG